CACUAAUUCUGUUCGACGUUGGGAAGAUGGAAAUGAUAAGAGGUUUUGAGGCCAAAAUCUGACCUAAUCCUCUUCCAUUCCAUGGCUUCCAUCUCCAUCUCCAUCUCCUCCUCCACCACCACCUCCACGUCGCGCUGCCUCUGCUCCAAACUCCACCCGACCAAACCCUUUCUCCUCCUCCUCCGAGCCUCCACCCGCCGCACCGCCUUCUCUUCUUCUUCUUCUUCCUUCCACUCGUCGGUUCAUUUCCGCAUCGCUCUCAGAUGCCCAACCUCCCGGAUCCCGACUCCAUCCAUCCGAGCCAGCUUCCAGGUGCCGGCGGGAAUCCGUCCUGGCAGCAUCGUGGAGACGGACAAGCUCCCAUCCGGCGUGCGCAACCUCGCCAUGGAGGCAGUGGAUUCUUAUGGUGGGCGGGUCACGAUUGGUGACGUGGUUAGCAAGGCCGGGCUUAAGCUAAAUGAAGCUGAGAGAGCACUGCAGGCACUUGCCGCAGAUACUGGGGGAUUCUUGGAGGUUUCAGAUGAAGGUGAUGUGCUAUACACGUUUCCAAAGGAUUACCGUUCUAAGCUUUUGACAAAGUCUUUUAAGAUGAAAGUUGAACCUUUUCUUAACAAAAUAAAGACAGCUGCAGCUUAUUUAGUUAGAGUAUCAUUUGGCACUGCACUUAUUACCUCAAUAGUGCUUGUGUACACAACAAUUAUUGCCCUUGCUUCUUCUUCUAGUCGGAGUGAAGGUGAAAAUGGUCGCGGCAGACGAGGAAGGUCGUAUGACUCUGGUGUUACAUUUCUCUUUCGCCCAUCUGAUUUAUUCUGGUACUGGGACAUGAAUUACUACAGAAGGCGGCAGAUGAGACAAGAGGGUGGAAUGAAUUUUGUUGAAUCUGUUUUCUCAUUUGUAUUUGGUGAUGGGGAUCCCAAUCAGGGUCUUGAAGAAGAGAGAUGGAAGCUGAUAGGACAAUAUAUCUCCUCAAAUGGUGGUGUCGUUGCAGCAGAAGAACUUGCUCCAUAUCUAGAUGUACCUCUGAUUGAUGAGACGCAGGAUGAUGAGUCGUUUGUUCUACCUGUGCUAAUAAGAUUUCAGGGGUAUCCAGAAGUGGAUGACCAGGGAAAUAUUCUUUAUCGAUUUCCAUCAUUGCAACGAACUGCUUCAUCUCUAAAGGUUGGUAAAAAGGAAUAUGUUGGCAAAAAGUGGGCUGAGUGGAUUAAUGGUGUUGAAAAAUAUUUUGAGGAAAAGAAAUGGAAAUUCAGUGAAAUAGGGGCUUCUGAGAAAGCAAUGGUUAUAGGUUUGGGAGCCCUUAACCUUUUUGGAGUUAUUGUCCUUGGUAGCAUGCUAAAGGAUGUUUCGAUUGCACCUCAGGGACUGGUUUCUUUUGUUUCCCAGAUAUUUCCUUUACUACAGAUAUAUGCUGCAUCUUUUUUCACUAUACCUUUGAUCAGAUGGUUCCUGCUGCUAAGGACUAACCAAGGUAUUGAGAAGAGAAACCGAGCCAGGAAACAGCGGGCUCAAAUACUUGACAGGCCAGAUCCAUCUCUAAGAAGGAAGUUGUUAAAUGCUCGAGAUAUGUCACAGCAAACCACAAUUAGUCCGGAUAGGAUAGUCUAUACCACUGAGAAAGAUUUCGUUGACCAAGAUUACGAGGGUAGAGAUUGGGACGAGAGAUUUAGAGAGCUUGAAAGAUCUGACUGAGCAAAACCUAGAUUUCUCUACCUGACAUUGUACAUUGAGCAGAUUCGUUGUUCUCUGUCUAUAUAGGAAGCACUGUUGGAAGAGAAUUAUAUUAUUAUUUCAGUUGGUAAGAUCAAUGUAUGAUCAUCAUCCCAUUACCUUUGCCAUGCACCUAAUUCUCUCUGUCAAACUCAUUGUAUCCGAUCUUUUUUGUGUGAAUGGGCGUUGCUGCAUUUCAACUUCUUCA